AUGAAGGAUGGCACCCAGGAAGCACCUUUGGUGUCUGUGGCUAAAAGUGAGUCCUCCUGCACGGGGCAGGAAGGUGGAGUUCCUCAAGUGCUGCCUUUGGAAGUGGAUUUGGAUGAAAGGUUUGGAGAGUUGGAUCUCAGAAAUGAUUCAGACGUUCCUGAUGUUCCCCCAUCAACAGAUACCACUCCAGAAAUCCUCAAAAGGGCACUGUCAGGCUUGUCCGCCAGAUGGAAAAACUGGUGGAUUCGGGGAAUUCUAACUCUAGCUAUGAUUUUGAUGUUUUUUCUAAUCAUAUACCUGGGGUCAUUUAUGCUGAUGCUUCUGGUCUUAAGCAUCCAAGUGAAGUGUUUCCAUGAAAUCAUUACCAUAGGUUACAGAGUCUAUCACUCCUAUGACUUGCCGUGGUUUAGAUCCCUAAGUUGGUACUUCUUGCUGUGCGUGAACUACUUUUUUUAUGGAGAGACUGUAGCUGAUUACUUUGCUACGUUUGUCCAGAGAAGAGAGCAGCUUCAAUUCCUGAUUCGUUACCACAGGUUUAUAUCUUUUGCACUCUAUUUGGCAGGUUUCUGCAUGUUUGUUUUGAGUUUAGUGAAGAAACAUUAUCGCCUGCAGUUUUACAUGUUCGCAUGGACUCAUGUCACUUUGCUGAUCACUGUAACUCAAUCUCAUCUUGUCAUCCAAAAUCUGUUUGAAGGCAUGAUCUGGUUUCUGGUUCCAAUUUCAAGUGUCAUUUGCAAUGAUAUUACUGCUUACAUUUUUGGCUUCUUCUUUGGCAGAACUCCAUUAAUCAAGUUGUCCCCCAAAAAGACCUGGGAAGGAUUCAUUGGAGGCUUCUUUUCUACAGUGGUAUUUGGAUUUAUUUUUUCCUAUUUUUUGGCUCAACAUCAGUACUUUGUUUGCCCAGUGGAAUAUAAUAGUGAAACCAACAGAUUUGUGACGGAGUGCGAACCUUCAGAGCUCUUCCAGAUGAAGAAGUACUCGGUGCCACCGCUGCUUCAGGCUGUGUUGGGAUGGGAGUCGGUCAAUAUGUACCCGUUUCAGAUGCACAGCAUUGCGUUGGCAACGUUUGCCUCUCUAAUUGGCCCAUUUGGAGGAUUCUUUGCAAGUGGAUUUAAAAGAGCUUUCAAAAUCAAGGAUUUUGCUGACACGAUCCCUGGGCACGGCGGGAUCAUGGAUCGCUUCGACUGCCAGUACCUCAUGGCCACUUUUGUCCAUGUCUACAUCACCAGUUUCAUACGGGGUCCAAAUCCCAGCAAACUGUUGAAGCAACUACUGAUCCUUCAGCCAGAGCAGCAAUUAGAUGUCUAUAAGACUCUGAAAUCUCACCUGGUUGAAAAAGGGAUCCUGCAGCCCUCUCUGAGAGGAUAACUGGUCAGAA